UUUAGUUUGACAAAAAUUCACUGACAGUGAACAGUGUUAAUACACUCUAGCGUUUCUAAUCUCUGAUUUAAUGCGAAUUUUGUUACAUUUCUUUACUUUAUUUAGAACGCUUAACACCGUUGAUGGAAAAAUGUAUGGAACAGUAGAACACUAUUUUCAAGCAGAAAAAUUUCAAGAUUUAAACUAUGCUGAAAAAAUACGAACUGUCAAAAGUCCAAAAGAAGCCAAAAAAUUGGGUCAAUCUCGUGAUUAUCAAAUCAAAAAUGAUUGGAAUAGAAUCCGCAAUGAUGUGAUGUUCAAAGGAUGUUUGACGAAAUUUGAGCAGCAUGAAGAUAUUCGAAAAAUGUUAUUGGACACGGGGAAUGCAACACUUAUUGAAAAUGCAAGGUACGAUUCGUAUUGGGGCAAUGGUCUACAAGGCAACGGGAAAAAUAUGCUCGGCAAGACUUUGAUGGAAAUCAGAGAUUAUUUGAGAAACGCUUACAAAGUAUCAAUAGCCAAAUAGAGGAUUUUUACCCAUCAAGUUUAAAGGUGAUAGAGCCUACUUCAAUUUUAAAAAAAAGAUAUCGCUAUAUUAGAAUAACAUUUGCUACAGAUGGCGAAGACAUUGGACCGAAAAACUGUAUUUCCUAGCAAAAUUAAUCCAAAAUUCAUAUAAUCAAAUCUAUUAAAUCCAACAAAAAUAAAAUAAAAUAUGAAUAAUAUGUGUAUCUUUUGAAAUA